GGAGAGAGUUCUUCGAUCUUGGUUUAACCAUGGGCAAGUCACCAUCUUUCGGGAUCUUAGAUGACAACGAUUGUGAUGAGGUCAAAUCCUCUGACGAAUCAACAAAGAAUUUGCAAAGUGACGACGAUGAUGUCGAUGACCGCCAGGUUGCUUCCAGAUGGCUGGAUAAUGGAGGUCUAUCUUGGUGAUGAUGGCACCAUCUACCGGUAUUACAUAUGCCCCGUGUCCGGAAGAACUUUCACAAUGAAGUCAGAGGUGCUGCAUUAUCUUUUCUCAGAGAUGGAUCAGUGCUUCACGGAAUCAAAGAACCGUGCUGUAGGCAGCAACCUUACAAGGACACAUGAAUGGCUUCCAAAGGGAUGGCUGGUUGAGAUUAGGGCCGGUGGAGACAACAUGGACAAGAUGUACAAGGUAGCUUUUCCAUAUUAA